CAUCAUCAUGACAACAGAAAAGAGCCCAGCAGCCGACGCUGACAACUCAGAGCAGCAGCAAGCCAAGGAGGAGGAAGGAGCUACUGAAACACAGAAGCAAGAGGCUUCCCUGGAGGAAGGGGCUCAGCCAACACCGGAGAGGCAGCCCCAGAAGCCGAAGGCCUCCAACGGAGAUACCCCCACGCACGAGGAGCAGGGCAAGAAAGAACGUCGCACCUCUGAGGGCCGAGGUCUCUCCCGCCUCUUCUCCUCCUUCCUCCGGAGGCCCAAGUCUCAGGUAUCCGAAGAGGACAAAGACACUGAUGCUCCUAAAGAGGCGGGAGGUGACCAGAAAGAUGCAGGAUUAGGAGCCAGCCCUGAUGAAGAUAUCCUGGUGAAAGCCCCGAUUGCAGCUCCUGAGCCUGAGCUCAAAACUGACCCAUCACUGGAUCUCCAUUCCUUGAGCAGUGCAGAAACACAGCCUGCUCAGGAGGAGAGGAAGGACGACCAGGAGCCUUUGGGAAGAGACCUCGAGGACAGGGAAGAAGGGGAAGCAAAGGAAGAGGGUGCCAAGCCAGAACCGAAGCCAGAGUCUCUGGAGACUAAAGCAGACAAGGAUUUGAAAGCUGCCCAAAAAGCAGUGAAAAGACACAGAACCAUGUACUGCAAAGUUGUCUUGCUGGAUGACACCAUUUUUGAGUGUUCUGUGGAUAAACACACCAAGGGACAGGAUCUACUUAAAAAAGUCUGUGACCACCUCAAUCUGCUGGAAGAAGACUACUUUGGUUUGGCCACAUGGGACACACCAACCUCCAGGACAUGGCUGGAUCCUGCCAAAGAAAUAAAAAAGCAGGUUCAUGGGGGCCCCUGGGAUUUUACCUUCAAUGUCAAGUUUUAUCCACCAGAUCCUGCCCAGCUAACAGAGGACAUCACCAGGUAUUACCUGUGUCUGCAGCUUAGACAGGACAUCCUUACAGGGCGGCUGCCCUGCUCCUUUGCCACCUUGGCUCUGCUGGGGUCCUACACGGUCCAGUCAGAGUUGGGAGACUAUGAUCCUGAUCUCCAUGGCCCAGAUUACAUCAGUGAAUUCAAACUGGCCCCAAACCAGACAAAAGAGCUUGAAGAAAAGGUUGUGGAGCUUCAUAAAACAUAUAGAUCCAUGACUCCAGCCCAAGCAGACCUGGAAUUCCUUGAGAAUGCAAAAAAGCUGUCUAUGUAUGGAGUUGACCUUCACCAAGCCAAGGACUUGGAAGGAGUGGAUAUCACUCUGGGAGUCUGUUCCAGUGGCCUUCUUGUUUACAAAGAUAAACUGAGAAUCAACCGCUUCCCAUGGCCCAAAGUCCUGAAGAUUUCCUACAAACGCAGCAGCUUCUUCAUAAAGAUUCGGCCGGGGGAGCAAGAACAGUAUGAAAGUACAAUUGGGUUCAAGCUACCAAGUUACCGGGCAGCAAAGAAGCUCUGGAAAGUAUGUGUUGAACAUCACACCUUCUUCAGACUGACUUCCACUGAGGCCAUCCCGAAGAGCAGGUUCCUGGCACUGGGCUCCAAAUUCCGCUACAGUGGCCGGACGCAGGCGCAGACGCGGCAGGCGAGCGCCCUGAUCGACCGACCUGCGCCCCAGUUCGAGCGCACGGCCAGCAAGAGGGCGUCCAGGAGCCUCGAUGGAGCAGUGGCUGUGAUAACCCCAGAGCGGAGUCCCCGGCCUACCUCAGCCCCAGCCAUUGCUCAAAGCCACCCUGCAGAGCCAGCCCCAGCGAAGUCAAACGUGAAGGACAUGGCCACAUCUAAAGUAGGGAAGGAAACAGCAAAAUCUGAUGUGAGACGUGAAGAAUUUCCACUGGAGAAACCCCAAGAGCCAGUGGAUGCCUCAAAGGUGAGGAAAACACACAUUGAGGUCACAGUACCCACCACGAAUGGUGCCCAGCCCCAGCAGCCUGCAGAAAAAGAGGAAGAGCUGAUAAGAAUGAGGAAGAAGAGAUCAAAGAGGCUAGAUGGUGAAAACAUUUAUAUCAGGCAUAGCAAUUUAAUGUUGGAGGAUCUAGAUAAGACCCAGGAAGAAAUAAAGAAGCACCACGCCAACAUCAGUGAGCUGAAGAAGAACUUCAUGGAGUCCGUCCCAGAGCCUCGGCCGAGUGAGUGGGACAAACGUUUGUCCACCCACUCCCCUUUCCGGAGCCUCAACGUCAACGGGCAGAUUCCCACGGGAGCGGAUGGAGUCAAGAAAGUCACUGUCCCAUCUUCUGGGAGACAGGUUGGUGGGCUUGAGACACGGGAACGGCCUCUGUUAGUACAGGAUGAAGAAAAACUAAAAGAGCAGGAGAUACCUACUGAGAGAGCCUUUCCCCGGCCAGCAAGUGAAGCAACUCUUCCAAAGGUUUCUAUUGCAAUCCCUGAAGAGCAGAAAUCACUCAAAAAGUGUCAGCUGUACUCUAGCAUUUUUCCUUCUCCACGUAUUCCCUUUAUGAUGUCCUUUCUCCUGGUCAUAGCACUGACUGUUUGGUGGCUGCUCUUUCUCUGAGUGCCGACAGGGUCAUGUUGAAACCUCAAGACCAAAGCUCCUGAAUUUCUGGGCUGUAGUCUCUGCUGCAUCUUCUUUGUCCUGGUCUUUGAUCUCCGUAGAUCGCUGUCCCUGGGAGGGACACCCCCUGACUGUCGUGUUAAUCCUGCUGUAUGUCCUUGUGUGGCUGUGAUGGCACCUGGCAGGAGUGGUCAUGGAUUGCCAGGUCCCUUCUGCAGUUCCCUAUGGUGCAAAAGCAAAUUAUUUGAAUUGUGUUCCCAACUGCUGUGGGAGGGCAGAUUGGGGGGAGAAAUCCUGAGAGGAGAGUCUGGUUUCCUAAGCCCCUGAAGACUUCCCAUAGGAAUUGCUGGAGAAUUGCUUUUAAGUUUGUUGUUUUAAAUGUAAGAUAUUCACAAGCUGAAGAACAUUUGACACUGAUCUAAAAUGUGCUUUACAGGAAUCUGCUGAAUCACAGAAUCCUGGAAUGGUUUGGGGUUGGAAGGGCCUAUAAAAGUCAUCUCGUUCCCCCUCUGCUAUGGUCAGGAAACCUUCCCCUGGACCAGGUUGUUCCAAGUCCCAUCCAACCUGGCCUUGUACAAUUCCAGGCAUGGGAAUCUACAGCCUCUGUGGGCAACAAGAGGUUGACUCUUUAGGAAGAACAUUGGAAUCUAAUCCAUAAACACUAAAUUUCUAGGAAACUCAGAUUGGCAUUUAAAUAAAAAGUGCUGGUUCUCACUGCUGCUCUUGGUAAUAACUUAGGGACAGGGUCCGCUUUUCAUUUUCUAGUGGGGGAAGCCUGUGACAAAGUAUCCCAGCUUCCCUCUCCACCCCUAUUCUUACAUCCAAGAAAAUACAUAGUGUUACAGGAGAAAACUCAUUGCAAGGAGAUAUUUAGUGUAAACAUAGAUUAAUAAUUUUUUCUUAAUCUGAAGGUCUUCAUGCACUUGGGAUGUGUUUUAUUUAAUUUGUGUGGAACUAACUGACGUAUGUUUGCUUAGGUCACAGAGAUGAAGUUACCUGUUGUUUGAGCAUUCCCUCUGUUGGCAUGUUGGCUUGGCCACAUCAGGACACACUUUUUUAAUAUUAAAGCCCUCAAUGGUUUUUGACUUCUUUAACCAAACUGUUGCAUGCCAGUUUUUGUUUAUUGCCUACAAUGUAACUGUCUGGAUGAUGCUCCCUUUUAUCCAAGUUAUCAUGGCUGAGCUGUGCAGGCUCCAGCCCAGCUGGACUGAGCAGAGCUGGUUUGUGAACUGGAGGGAAGGUGGGACUUUGUGUCUUAAGGGGUUUCUUUUCUGUAAAUAGUAACAAUGGGUCUGAGCUGAGCCCCCCAUUUCUCCUUUCAGCACUAAUCCGUGUUCUCCUGUGUCCACUGGAGGACUGGGCUGGACACAAUCAUUCUGAGAACAUCCCCCCAGUGUCACCAGUGGUGGCAGCUGCUCCAGCAGCAUGGAAGAGAAAGGACUAGGCCUUUAUUACAUGGACUACAAUGUGUGAAUAUAUAUAAAUACCUGUAUUUAUAACCCUUUCUAGAUCUGUAUCUGUGUGAACGGUAUUAUUUAGGAAGCUAGCAGAUAAACUUGAAGGAAUAAGGCAAACAUGGCAUGUGUUGUCUGGUCUGAGGGUCCAUGGGCUAUCAUGGGCCACUUGAGCCACCUCUUGCUCUCAAGGUACGGGUUGAGGUUCUAAAUGCUGUUUCAGAAACUUAGGUUGCUAGUGAAACCCUUUGUUUUAAUCCCACAGGAAUCUUUCCAAUUCCUCUUGUAACCUGCUCUGAUUAGUUCACCAGUUUGUGCCUUUAGGACUUUGUUUUGUGAGGAUGCUGAUUUUUCAUUGGAAAAUAUUCUUCCCUUUUUAAUACACUGCCUUUAAUACACAGUUUUCCUCCUUUGGUACUAGGAAGUGUAGAAGUCUGAGGGUUGUUGUCCAGGCAUAGUCUGGUGUGAAGGAGGGUGCUGGCAGGCUGUGUCCCUGAAUCCUUAGAGCAUCCCUUGGAAUGCACUUGGACUUCAGCAGAUCUUGUGUGGAGUUUAGGAAGAUGGACGUGGGCCCUGGAGAGGAGAGGUGGGGGAGGAUGCUGGGUUGCUGUGUGCUGUGCAGAAAAUGCAGGGUGGAAGAAGUCAGGGGAUACUUGUUGGCAUUUCCUGCCUGCAUCUCCUUCCCAAAAUGGUAACACUUGUGAUGAAGAAUAGGGGUUGUUUGUUCUCCCCAACCUGACAUGAAGAGGGAAGAAACAGGGGUUGUUUGGAUCUCUGUCCAUUUUCUGUCUGUAUUUCCUGGAGUUUGAACACAGGUGCUUCCUUCCCAAAGCCAUUGCUUGGGAUCACUGUUUGGGGUGCUGCAGUGAGCCCUGCUGAGUUUACUGCGUUUCUGAUCCAGUGACAAGAACUUGGAAGCCACAGUGGUGGCUUUGGCAAAGCCAUGGUUUCUAUAGCUCUGUCACCCACUUUCAAAAGGACCUGAAUUCUAAAACUUUUUGUCCAGAGCAGCCUUUGGCCCGAGUGCUCAGAGUGUCUUCUCUCAGUGGGAUAAGAGAUGGGCUCUGUCACCUCUACUCAGUUCUUUAACUCUUUAAUUCAAGUGAUCUCUUUCUCUCUUUUUUAAUCUUGAGAUAAGGCUGGUUGUCAUCACCAAAAAACCUUGGAGACUUUACACUCUGAAAAUGCUCAGGAACAUUUUUGGGAUUUAUAUACCAAUUAUCACUGCAGAGUAUAAAGAAAUUGAACAAAUGCUUUCUGUACCUCUGGCAGUUUAGAGGCCAGUUAUCCGUAUUCAUCCCGGUAGAUAGCAGAGGAAGCCUGUAACUUAGCAGGAACAGAAACCUCAUCUGUCCAACACCCCAGGGAUGUGCCCACUGGGCUACAGCCCCUUUCCCAGUCACUCCUCUGCUUUUUUCCCUGUUUACUUGUAAUGCAAAGGGAGUGACAAUCCAUGGCCAUCCACAUAAGUUCUAAUUCCUGCACAUUCUGUAUCCCGUUUGUGCACAUUCCAUACCUUUUACACCUUGGUGCUCUGGUUUCCCCCUUUUCCCAUGAUGUCAGCACAGGAUGCAGCACCGAGAGGAGGAUUUUAUGAGUCCUGCUGUCAUCCCUAUGCACAGGGAGAGCUGAUUUGCUCUAGUGCUGUUUAAAGGCUGAGAUCUCAGGGCAUCUAUAAAGGAACCAAUACAUGAACUUCAUUCCUAUUUUCCUCAGGAACAAACUUGCUAGGAACAUCAGCAGCUCCUGGCUGCCUGCCCUGACACUGGCACCCAUUGACACAGGGAUUCACACACCCUGUUCAGCCUGGCUGGCACGGUGCCAGGCUAUGAGCAAUGGAGAGCUGAGUUAUCCCUCUUGCAGGGAAGCUGAAAAUGUCUGCAGCAUGUAACCUCAUCCAGGUUGGCAUGAGAAAUCCUGGUUUUUCAAUGUGACCUGCUGCAGAAAAUGGCAUUCUGGUGGCUGGCAUACUGGUGACAUAGGCAGGAUAAGUCUGCCAGCAGUUUUGCCCAUUGUUUUGUGAUGUGGUCACUCAGCUGUUUGAUGCUUAUGUGUAGGAUCCUCUUGGGAGCUGUAGAGGGUUCAGUGAUUCCCAUCACAAUAUUGACGGUUGGCUCCACACUCACUUCCUGAAUCUCCUUACCCGGAUUCCAGCUCUUUUGGACACCACCUAAAACACACAGGAGUUUCUUGUACUUUCUUGCUUUAGGAAAAAGUGGAAACCAGUAUUCUGAAGCAGCAGAUGUGCCAGAGCCAAUAGCUUGGAACUUGGAUUCAGCUCCAAGGCUGUGCUGGGUGUGGGGCUCUGUGUGUGAUGAUGCUUUAGGUCUUCAUUGCUGUAAAACAACAUCCCUUUUUCUUUUUUGAUUGCUAAAAGGGAGCAGAUAAAUGAGGGUGUUGGCUGCAUCUCCUGCCACCUUCUGCCUCACUAGGGGAGUGGUGGAAGGUGAGCUGAGGGCUCUCCAUGGGCAGCUCAGUCAGGGCAGUGUUCAGCCAAGACUGGCUCCCCUCUCUUGUGGUUUGUCCAGUAACUAGUGAUGACCCUAAAGAGUAGGUAUUCCAUAUCUCCCUCCUAUCCUGAAAUAAUCAGUAGAGGUGGAUUUCCUCAGCACCAAGGGAAGUAGUUUGUGUUUGGAGGAAGGAGGCUUUGCUGUACCACUGGCUCCUGGGAAGGUUAUCAUAGAAUCAUGAAAUACCCUGAGUUGGAAGGGACCCCAAGGAUCAUCAAAUCUAGAUCCUAAUGGUUAUGGGCAAAGUCUUUCACUUCACAUCAGUGUUAGUAAUUUGUCACUCUGAGAAUUGUUUCACUGGUUUAUCAGGUUUUCUUUUUUCCUUGUUAUGAGUUGAUGGUGCCUGUUCUGACCUACAGGAUAAGGGAGGAAGCUUUCUGGAUAAAUUCAGCCCAAGAAAGUGUUAUGGAUUCAUGCAGAAAUUCCUUGGUCUGUACUUAUUAGUGGGUGACACUGGAGAACCUGACUGAGGUGAUUCCUCUUGUGUCUCUGUUUGCAUCUCUUGUGGUUUGUGGGGCUGGAGGGAAGGACGGGCCUUGGUUUGGGCCCCUUUGGGAUCUUUUAGCAAUGGUAGACCGUCCUGUUAGACUAGUCCUGUGGGGACUAGAAACACCUUCUUUUUUACCUAAAAUUCUCUCUUUUGGAACACUUUUUUGGUUUUGUAUUUUUUCUCAGCUUUUUCUUUGUAAAUAUGUACAUUUAUCCACUAAUAAAUGUUAUUGCAAAUCAGCUCUUUCUUUCUACUGCUUAUUAACCAAAAAAACGAUAUAUGAUCUGUGUUAAUGACUUCUUGGGCUAACCUUCAGUAUUCCUUUCUCAAAGCAGGAGCCAUCAGACUCUGAGUCAUUGUUGAUGGCAUUCGGAGUGUAGGGUCUGUUGGACACUCUUGAGUGUGGGUUGGGUGCUCCUGGGGAGAGGGAGUACACAAGGCUGCAGCUCUGAGAUCUCAAACUGACCAGAGUAAUUCAAUUGAGGAUUAAAUCCAGCUUGGUUUAUGACACGCUUUGUUUGCAGGAGUCCUCUACCAAGUGCUUAAUGUCACUCUCGCACCUUCUCCCUUUUCAUUUUGGAGACUGUGUGGUAGGAAAAAUCAAUUGCAGAAAGUUGUUUUGAGAGCAGAAACGAGGCAGGUCCUGCACAGCUCAGCUACAAAAACUUCUGUCCCAACUGGUGUGUUAAUCUGGGGACAAAAAUGCUCCUUUUGGGUUUUGUAAGUGAAGAAACCACAUUCCUAAUGAACCUGUUCCUCAGUUCAGUGAUACAACACAAGCUUCUGGUGGGUUUUUUCUGGUUGAAGCUCAGGUUGUGUUUUGAGGUUGUGUCAAGAGCCAAUUUUAAGUCCCAAAUUUUUCGAGAUUACAGGAAGGCAGAUCUGGCUGCUCAUAAUGCUAGUCCCUGAGAUGAGCGUGGCACCAAGACAGAGGUGUAACUUCAUGUCUUGGUUUGAACAGACAAGUGUCUGUUAGGGAAGGCAGGAACAUCCCUUGAAAUGGAAAAUGUAAAUCCCUCCCUCUGAAUUAUUACAAUUUUGAAAUUAAAGGGCUCUCAGGCAAUGAUAUGGGAAUAGGAAUAACAGAUCUUUACUAGGAAAAUUAAAAAUACAAAUGCAAUAGUACAAAAAGAAAAACAAAUCGCUGCCAGAGUCAGAGCAGGCGCUGAGCCCCUGUGGGUCAGGGUGGUGGCACAGUCCCAUCCCAUGGGGGCUCAGCCCUCCUGCAGUGCCAGCUGUGCUUCUGCUGGAGCAGGGAUCCUGCACAAGGCUGCAGUUUCCCUCUGCAGCUCCAGGGCUGCUGGAGAUGGGCCUGCUCUUCCUCUGGCAAUGCAGGGCAGGAGAAAGCUGCUCCUCUGGGCAUGCAGUGGGCAAAGGCUGCUGGGCUGUUCCAGGCUCAGAUUGGAUCCAGGUAGGAAUGCUUGGCUCCUGCCCUGGGCGCAGCAUCUCCCAGUGGGAUGCUGGAAUUUUCUCAGCCAUGCAGGGACACUCAGUGGCCAUGAAGAGCAGAGAUCUCCUGGAGGGAGGAUUGGCUGUGGGAGAGAUAAAGGAAACUGCCCAAAUAACAGCAGAGAACUGCCCAGCUCUGACAGAUGGAAAUAGAAUACACACCCCCAGACACGUCUUGCAACCUAAGACACUUCAUUUAUGAAUGAGGGAAGUGAAAUGAGCAGCACAAAAUUGAUAGCAUUUAUAUACACUGACUUUAUCCCCUCUUUUCACCUGCUGCUGCUGCACUAAGGCAGCUCUUGCAAUGUACUUUGUUCUCUGCAGAUGGAUUUUGGAAUAAAGAGCUCUUCAUGUGAGAGUACCUGCCCACAAAAGAGAUGGGAAGGAGACCACUGGGAGUGGGCAGAGGAAUCAUAUUGCCCAACAAUCUCAUUUUGAUAAUUUAAGUCUUGAUCUUGAGGUUUUUUUGUGUUGCCAAGACAUUGAUGCAAUGAUUGAAGGUGAUUGCUGUGUGUUGUGUAAUAUAUUGGAUUCUUGUUCAUGACAGAAUUUAGUCUUUUGAAGGUUUGGGCACACUGUGUGUUUUCUAACAUUACUUUUACUUUUGGUCAAAAUCUCUUUUAUCUGUCUGUUAUCUGAGUAGGCUGGUCAGGACAUUGUGGUCAGAUCAAUGACAGUGAGAAAAUCCACUGAAAACCACAAAUCCAUAGGUAAUGUCCAUCCUUUUCAAUGCCAGGGUGUUUUGAACAGCCUCUGAACAUUUUUAACUUUUACCUUAAGGCAAAGCAGUUCAGUAAGGCAGUGGUGGGUACUGUAAAAUAAGGAUCUCUUGUUUUCUGCUUUAUAAUACUUUUUACCCAAGUGCUUUGCCAGCUGUGAGAUUGAGCAUCAGUUGAUCUGGGAGCGCUCUCUGGUGAGUGUGGUUUACUGCAAAACAACAUCAUCUCCUUGUGCAUCUCUAGACAGUCACUCCGAGCCUGUGAGCUUCUGUGGAUCCUUGUUUGGGGAUAACCUAAUAACAGCGUCAACAAUUCCAUUGCAUGCUGGAAAAGAAGAGGACAGGGAAGUAUUAACCAUCUGGGAUUCCUAGCAUUUCAUGUGGUGGUUGUAGGCAGUUACUGUGCACUAUAACUUCAUGGUUUUAGCAAUUUUUAUUUAAUAGUAACUGGCAGUUGACAUAAUUUUAGCUCUCCUUAAGUUUUCUGCAGAAUAGUAGUCUGAUUUGGGAUUGGAAUAAUGGAAUAUUCAGCAGAGAGAAGCAGCAGCGUGAAAAAAAAACAUCCACUCAAACAUCACAGGGCAGCUGAGUCAUACAAAUAGAUCAUGAUCCAAAAACAACAGAGUCUUGAAGAAAUGCAAGCAAACCAAUUUAUACAAAACCACUUUUUGAGAAAAAUAAAUCCUUUUGGCCACUGGUGUCAAACACGAAGUUAAGCCUGUUAUUAAUUUAUCCCCAGUCGGAAUUAUUGUGUGUCACUUCAUUGCAACGCUUCAGCUGCAUCUUCUGAGGCACAAAGAUUUGUAUUUCAAGGGUGGUGCUUUAGUUGCAUUCAUGUCUGGGUCAGUUUGUUUCUUCUGGGGCAUUGCAUCCUGUCCUGUAUUUAAUUUACUCUGUGUUUGACUGCUUUGUGCUUGAUUUAGGCCUCACUGUUUUGGGGCUAUGUCCCUGGAAAUGAGUAGUUGGCAGUCCAGGCACAUCUCAGGUUUCCUGGGUCUCAAGGUGAGCUUGGAACUCUGCAAAUCUGAGCCCUAAACAUAGGUAUGCUUUGGCAUUUGCAAUUUAAACCAAAUCUUGAUAAGAUCAGAAUUUGUAACAGAUGCUGAAAUUCCUAUGGGGGAAUUUUACAUAGAUAACUUUAUUUAGAAACAAAUACCUUCCCAUUAGUUUAUGUUCUUAAUAAUGAGUGGAAUAGGAAGGCAAGGCAAAAAGUGUUUCUUAUCAGUUGAUCUUAUCAGGAUUUCAUUCUGUCUUUCCAGCUUGCAUGUUUGCUGCUGCACUUGGCUCUACUGGUGAUGAGAAUACAUGGCACAGGCUCCAUUCCAGCUCUCUCUUCCUUUUUGCAUCUGUCAUACAAGAUGCUUCCAAAUGCAAAUUAUUUUAUCUGUCUGUGAAAGGGAACUGGGAGGUUGUUUUGACUGUGUACAGAUUUUUGCCUUUUAAAUACAUCAGUGUUUGUGUAGCUGCUUAAUCUUCUUUGUUUUAUCUGUGAUUCUUCUGUUGGCUGAGAAGUGCUCCAGCUCUUACAUAAGGAAAUCUCACUCCUAAGACAUGUUCCAUUAAACCCAUCCAUUAAAGAAGAUGAGCUGUGUCUUCUCAAGGUCCCAUGAAUAAUUUGCAAG